AUGACUAGUGCGGUAUUUAAAGUUGGUAAUGGCACUAUUCUUAAUUCAAUAUCGCCCAACGUUCAACGGCAGCAACUUAUUUCUGAACAAGAUGCAAAUGUAAAGAAGAGAAUAAAAAAUACGAUCAAGAAUAAGUGCGAGGUAGAGAGAUGCGAGAUUGAUGAUGGUGAGAAUGCUUCAACCUUUUGUUUAUCUUCUCAGCCAAUAGAAAAAAAGGCGCAUCACUCUAAUUUAGAGGAGAUUCGAUCUGGCUCACCAGUCGUUAACGGGAAAGUCAUAUCACUAUUUAUCGGCGAUUUGAAUAAAAACGUCACUGAAAAAAUGCUGAAAGAAACAUUCUGUAAUUUCUCAUCCCUUGUCUCAGUUAAAAUAUGCGUCGACAGCUGUGGAAAAACUCUCGGUUAUGGUUAUUUAAAUUUUCUUAGUCAAGUUGAAGCAGACGAAGCAGUGGAUCAGUUUAAUUAUCUCGAGCUAUAUGGUCGAGAGGUCAGAAUAAUGCCAUCACUAAGGAACUCUUUUUUCCGAAAAAAUAUGGGUACGAACGUUUUUUUCUCCAAUCUUCCUCUCGAAAAUCCAAAGCUGACAACCAGAGCAUUUUAUGACACUUUCAAAACUUUUGGUAGGGUUCUAUCUUGCAAGUUGGAUAGAAGGAAAAAUAUUGGAUUUGUUUAUUUUGAGGAUGAUAAUUCAGCAAGAAGAGCUAUUGAGAAAUUCAAUAAUAGGGAAUAUUUUGGAAAUAUUGUCAACUGUGGAAUUCAUUUCGAUAGGGAGGUUCGAAGCUCUCCUGAGUUUGAGUUGAGAAAGUUAAAGCUGGAAGGUAUGACUAUAAUAAAAGAGAAGCUAAUAUCUGCAGAUCGCACGGAACUGCGAGAAGAGGAACUUAAAAAUCAAGCCCCGCAUCCCAAUGCAGUGUUUGUCAAGAAUAUACCACUAAUUGCCACAAAAGAAGAGAUUUUAAACCAUUUUAGUAGCAUAGGUCCUGUUAAAUCCGUGUUCACAUCUCCUGUUUCGAAUUACAACUCUUUAUGGGCUUUCGUUACCUAUAAAAAGGGACAAGAUACAGAGGAGGCUCUGAAGGUAUUUGAUGGCGCCAGCUUCAUGAAUAGAACGAUUCAGGUUUCAAGAGCUAAAAAGAAGAAUACUAGACAGAAUGGUGCUUUCUACAAACACAUACCGAGCUCGAAGAAUUCUCUCAUAGGAUCUGAAAGUGGCAACAUGGUGAGUAAUUAUCGUCAGACAAUCUAUUUAAGUAACUUGAGCCCAGUUUGUACACGAGAGUUUCUGUGUUGCCUGUGCUGUAAGGAAAAAAUUCGGUACAAAAGCAUAAUUAUCAACAACUUUGACCAAACUUCCUGCACGUUCUAUGCCGUUGUAGUCUGUAGCUCCAGAAGCGAUGCAUUGCGAUUAUUUCGCUAUAUGGACAAACGAUUAUUUGGUGAUACCAUGGUGAAAGCAUCAUGGCAGACUCCAAAAGGCAUGAAUUUAGUAGCUAGUUCUGCAGAAGCCAUUAAAUGCGGCGCUCACAAUAUCGCAAAGGGGUAUCUUCCUCGCAGAUCACUCGAAGGAAAAGAGCUAACUGCUAAGAAUAAACUUGACGAUCACUCUGGUAAGUAUUCCAAGGCUAGCGGUAACAACAAGAUGCGUAUUUCUACCAUUUCCUGCAACAGUAUCACAAAAAAGACCACUUCAAGAGUACGGAUCAUGGAAAUUCUAAAAAGACAAGUCAGCAAUUGUAUUGACUUUAUGAAGUACCCCACCGCAACACGAGAGGAAAAUUUGAAAUGCAUCACUGAGUAUAUAUUUGACGUUUAUUGGCGCUCAGAUCUCGAGAGGAUCAACCAAUUCUUACUAUCAACCGAUACAGAGCAAGAACAUGAAGGAGUUCUAGAUAAGCAGGUCCAAGAAGCAAUUGAAUUUUUAGGGUUUCAAAGAUGA